AUGACAUCCUACCUUCAGAAAGAAAGGAUCCCAGACCAGUGGAAGACCUCGCGAACCGUUAUUAUCCAUAAGAAAGGUGACCGAGAGGACCUUCGAGACUACCGUCCGAUAUGGUUGCUGAGUGUGUUAUACAAAGUAUUCACCAAGAUCAUCCUCACACGCAUAUCUAGGACGCUGCAUGAAGCCCAUCCUCGAGAACAAGCUGGAUUCCGCCAAGGGUUCAGCUGCUUGGACCACAUCCAGACCGUGUCGAGGGUCAUAGAGGUUUGCCGGGAAUACCGCCUGCCCCUUGUUCUAACCUUCGUCGACUAUGAGAAAGCCUUCGACAGCGUAGAAACGAAUGCAAUACUGCAAUGCAAUAUCAGCACUGGUCGAUCAAGGUGUAACCUUCGUUUCGCCGACAACUUCGUUUUCUUUUCGAGCAGUACCAAUGAAGCAGAAACGAUGCUCAACGAAUUAAACGAAACAGGGAAGAGAAUAGGUCUACGAAUAAACAGAAAGAAGACACAGUUCAUGAAGAACGCCCACUGCGAGGACGGAGGAGUACAACUUGAAGGCUCCCAAAUCGUGGAAACGCCGUCAUACGUAUACCUCGGACGUUCCAUGAACAUGGAAAACGACUUGAAGGAAGAACUGAAUAGAAGAAUGAGAGCAGCAUGGGCAGCAUUCGCAGCCGUCAGGGAAGCUACGGACCAACUGACGGACCAAGAUCUUCGUGCCCAUCUGUUCGACUGGACAAUACUUCCAGCGCUCUGUUACGCAGCGGAGACGUGGACAGACACCGCGGCCACGUCUAGGAAGCUACUUACUACCCACAGAGCUUGA